AUGCUGCUGUGCUGGGCCGCAGCGGUUGCACACACGCUGCUGCUAUUGGCCACUGAAUGCCCUUUGUCCCCUCUGGGCCUUGCCACGGCGCCGCCGUGCCAUGCUUCGCAGCACUUGCUAUCUCCGCAGGUGAAUAUUCAAAAGCUCCAGAAGGCCCUGGUGCUGCGGCAGCACGACCCGUGGUCGCAUGGGUGCUUCCAGACUCACGGGCCGCGCGCAGAAACCCGCGACACACGCGAUGCAACGACAUGCGCUGCUGCUGCUGCUGCUGCUGCUGCUGCUGCUGCUGCUGCUGCUGCUGCUGCUGCUGCUGCUGCUGCUGCUGCUGCUGCUGCUGCUGCUGCUGCUGCUGCUGCUGCUGCUGCUGCUGCUGCUGCUGCUGCUGCUGCUGCUGCUGCUGCUGCUGCUGCUGCUGCUGCUGCUGCUGCUGCUGCUGCUGCUGCUGCUGCUGCUGCUGCUGCUGCUGCUGCUGCUGCUGCUGCUGCUGCUGCUGCUGCUGCUGCUGCUGCUGCUGCUGCUGCUGCUGCUGCUGCUGCUGCUGCUGCUGCUGCUGCUGCUGCUGCUGCUGCUGCUGCUGCUGCUGCUGCUGCUGCUGCUGCUGCUGCUGCUGCUGCUGCUGCUGCUGCUGCUGCUGCUGCUGCUGCUGCUGCUGCUGCUGCUGCUGCUGCUGCUGCUGCUGCUGCUGCUGCUGCUGCUGCUGCUGCUGCUGCUGCUGCUGCUGCUGCUGCUGCUGCUGCUGCUGCUGCUGCUGCUGCUGCUGCUGCUGCUGCUGCUGCUGCUGCUGCUGCUGCUGCUGCUGCUGCUGCUGCUGCUGCUGCUGCUGCUGCUGCUGCUGCUGCUGCUGCUGCUGCUGCUGCUACUGUGCUGUGUGGGGUGGAUAGGAGAUGGGUGGGACUGUGCUGGGCGAGACGAGGUGGCAGAGAGCGAGUGCGCCGUUGGAUCCACGGCCGCACGGUGUGCAAGGACAGGGCUCUAAGGCACCCCGCCGCGCCACCUGCACGUCUCUCGGGACCUCCUCAGCCUGAUACCAAGCGACUGCAGAUGCAGCAGGCGAGCAUCCGUGCGACGUGCGACGACCUGCAUCAGUUGCGACAGCCGGUGACGGCGGACCUGGCGCUGGCGACGCUGUUGGGCGACGACGCGCGAUGGUUCGGAUGGUCGCCGGAGGGUCGCCUGCGAUGCACGCUGUCACAGCACGAGUUCCCAAUCCGCGCUGAACACGUGGCGGGUCUAGUCGCCGUCGCACAGUCGCAAGACGCGUCGCUGCUUGAAUCCCGCUGCGAUUCGUCAGAGCAGUCGCAGCCUCAACAGUCGCAGCCACAGCUGUCGCAGGAGGCGUGGUCGCAGCAGCAGUGGCGAUCCGUGCGACAGCACGUGCGAUCCAAGGCCUUCGCAGCAGCAGCGGCGGUGGCAGAGGCGAUGGAGAGAGCAGCGCCGCACAUCGUGGCGUGCCCGCAUGACAGCACGCAUCUGCAGUGCGCCCUCACAGGCAGCACGCAUCUGCAGUGCGCCCUCACAGGCAGCACCAUCGCUCGCACAGCAGCAGCCAUGCACCGCCACACCGCAGGCCACCGCUUUCAAGCUGCUCUUGGUAUGCCCCCACCCACCCACACUCACCUCCUCGUGCUAUCACCCCCCAUGCCACCCACCCCAUGCCACCCCCCCCAUGCCACCGCCCGCCAUGCCACCACCCGCCAUGCCACCGCCGCCAUGCCACCGCCCGCCAUGCCACCACCGCCAUGCCACCACCGCCAUGCCACCACCGCCAUGCCACCACCGCCAUGCCACCACCUCUCAUGGGCAGUCAGAUUGGAGCCCGAGAAGGCUGCUGCACAGCGACUGGAUCAGUGGCAACAAGCCAUAGCAGCGCAGCAGCAGCAGCAGCAGCAGCAGCAGCAGCAGCAGCAGCAGCAGCAGCAGCAGCAGCAGCAGCAGCAGGCUGUAGCAGAACAGGCUGUAGCAUUGCAGCAGCGGUGUCUCCCUGAGGGCACGUGUGCAGUGCUGGCAGCAACCGGGCGAGAUGUAGCGCAUGCACCACUGCAGUCCCAUCAGCCCAUGGCAUCGUUACAAUCACAGCAGCCCAUGGCAUCGUUACAAUCACAGCAGCCCAUGGCAUCGUUACAACCACAGCCGCCCAUGGCGUCGUUACAACCACAGCAGCCCAUGGCGUCGUUACAACCACAGCAGCCCAUGGCAUCGUUACAAGCACAGCAGCCCAUGGCAUCGUUACAACCACAGCAGCCCAUGGCAUCAUUACAACCACGGCAGCCCAUGGCAUCGUUACAAUCACAUGCCAUGCGUUGUCCAAUAGAAGGCAAAGGCGUGCAGCAAGGGCCCCCCACCAUGGACGAGGAUCAACCCAUGAGUGACGACGCCGAUGCAUCACCGUAA